UUUCCUCCUUAAACUUCUAUCUCGUGGGCAGAGGGACGCAGAGACAAGCCACGAACUCAGUAGGAUGCUAGAAAAAAAAAAAACAUGAACAAUUUAAGCGUAUAAAGGAACUAUUACGUGAUCUUUAAACUAAAGUAAAAUAAAUAAAUAAAUAAAUAACUAGAAAUAUUAUAGCCGCAACUGGACUCUGACGGGAGCGCGCGCAUGACCUAAAGAGCAACUAGGGGGAGUCAAUUGAGGGAUACGUAUACGCGUUUAGUACGGGUUUUUGUCUUUUUUUUGAGUUGUGUGUGAGAGGAAGAAGUGUGUUUAGAGACAGAGAGAGAGAGAGAGAGACUGAGAAGAGAUGGCGGGGUGUUGUUUGUCCGCGGAAGAGAAGGAGCGCCGGAGGAUCAAUCAGGAGAUUGACAAGCAGCUCCGGCGUGAUAAGAAUGACUCCAGGAAAGAGAUGAAGCUCUUGCUGCUGGGUACAGGUGAGAGCGGGAAGAGUACCUUUAUUAAACAGAUGCGUAUCAUUCACGGUGCCGGCUACACUGAGGAAGACAGGAAAACUUUCACAAAGCUGGUGUUCCAGAAUAUCAUCACAGCCAUGCAGUCCAUGAUCAGAGCUAUGGAGUCACUUUCAAUAGCACUGGGCAAUCCUGACAACCAGCCCAGUGCUGAUUUGCUGAUCGAGGUGGACGUCGAUAAGAUGAUGGAGUUGGAGGAAAGCUAUGUGGAAGCCAUCCGCUGCCUAUGGAAGGACCCAGGCAUCACUGAAUGUUACGACCGCCGCCGCGAAUACCAGCUAACUGACUCCGCCAAAUAUUACCUGAGUGAUCUGGAACGUAUUGCUGAUCCAGCAUAUGUCCCCACUGAGCAAGACAUCCUGAGGGUACGAGUGCCCACCACUGGUAUCAUCGAAUACCCGUUCGACCUGGAAAACGUCAUCUUCAGAAUGGUGGACGUGGGAGGACAGAGGUCUGAGCGCAGGAAGUGGAUCCACUGCUUUGAGAACGUCACCUCCAUUAUCUUCCUAGUGGCUCUGAGCGAAUACGAUCAAGUCCUGGUCGAGUGCGACAACGAGAACCGUAUGGAGGAGAGUAAAGCUCUGUUCAAGACUAUCAUCACAUACCCAUGGUUCCAGCAGUCCUCAGUCAUCCUCUUCCUUAAUAAAACGGACAUUCUGAAGGAGAAGAUCGGCUAUUCCCACCUAGCCACUUACUUUCCAGAGUUCACAGGCCCUCAGGGUGACCCGAAAGCAGCACAGGAGUUUAUUCUGCAGAUGUACCAGGACCAGAACCCCGACAAAGAGAAGACCGUCUACUCCCACUUCACGUGCGCCACAGACACCGAGAACAUCCGUCUGAUCUUCGCCGCGGUGAAGGACACCAUCCUGAGAAGCAACCUGAAAGAUUUCAAUCUAGUUUAAAGCAGGCUUUGAGCCUGAAUUCAGAACCAGGCCUUAUCCGCUUCCUCUUUGACCUUCCUCUUUGACAGAACUUCCUUCACACGUUCUCUCGGGUCUCUAUUCUGGAUGGCAAAAAGAUCCUCCGGAAGUGUUUUAGUGAAAGGACUCGGGAACUGAAUUGGGAUUGGAGAUACGGGUUCACGCUUCACUGUGGCCUUAUUCUGAGUCUGAAGGAGCGGUUCGUUUCUUUUUGGAUCUUCUUCUGAGGCUGUAACACACUAAAUAGAGGAAAGUAAUUCAGUUGUAGCUGCCGAAGGUUGAGUUGCUGAAUAGUGGUGAUUUUGGGAAAGGGAACGAUGUUUAAGAUUUUCUGUGUAUCUAAUAUAAGGGCAUUAUUUUCUGAAUGUCAAAAAAAAAAAGAUUUACCUUUACUGUACAUAUACGGUAAUGCUUACAAAUGAGCAGAAUUACAGAAGUGCAAAGGGUUUACAUUUUAGCAAUAUGCACAGACAGAGAAACUUUUAAACCUUCCCUGUGCCUUAGCUUAGUUGCACUUGCCUUCAGUCGGAUUGUGAAAGGUCAACUGUAUGCUAUUUAUUUUUAGUUUUAAACAAUACACAUUUCUUUCAAAUAAAACUCGCACUGUUUUCCUCCUCUCACGAUGCAACUUUAAUUGCAGUUAAGAGCGCUUUUGAGAAUGUCUGAGAAAGUAAAACCGUCUUUACUACCUUUGACGACAUUUGUUGAUGUACAAAAUGUGUAGUUAAUGUAUUUUGUUCCACAGAUUUAUCUUCUCUGUAUUUAAAACAAAUGUUCUAUUUAGGCCAAAUAAAUAAAUAAAUAAAUCAAUAUGAAAUACCUUGUACUCUCAAACUAUGUCUUAAU